UAGAGUUUCUCAUCACUUGCCUUCUUUCUCUUCUCUCGGUUUCUUUAGUGUAAUAUCAGAUAAUUAGUUUUAUAUAGUUAAUAUUAUUAUUGGUUGAUAUCGAGCCUCAUCAAUGGCUGAUUUAGGUUCAGCCUCCGGAAGGAGAAUGUGGUGUUCGGUGCCUGAAAGGCUCCAGCUGCAUGGAGCCAUGUUGGCCCUGCAGUUUGGAUAUGCUGGGUUUCAUGUUGUUUCAAGAGCUGCCCUUAAUAUGGGCAUUAGUAAGCUCGUCUUCCCAGUUUACAGGAACAUCAUAGCCCUGCUUUUGCUUCUUCCUUUUGCCUAUUUCUUAGAGAAGAAGGAGAGGCCUGCCAUGAGCCUAAAUUUUACAAUACAGUUUUUCUUCCUAGCGCUUGUUGGAAUAACAGCAAACCAAGGAUUCUACUUACUGGGUCUAGAAAACACAUCACCAACCUUUGCUUCGGCAAUUCAAAACUCAGUCCCGGCCAUAACUUUUCUUAUGGCAGCCCUACUCCGGAUUGAACAAGUGAGAAUAAACAGAAAAGACGGUAUAUCAAAGGUGAUAGGAACCAUCUUCUGCGUGGCCGGAGCCUCAGUCAUCACUUUAUACAAGGGUCCCACUAUCUACAGCCCAACUCCACCGCUACAGAGCGCCGCCGCACCAUUACUACAGUCUCUUCCUUCUCUUGGAGAUGCGAGCGGCAAGAACUGGACCCUGGGUUGCGUUUACCUUAUAGGCCAUUGCCUUUCGUGGUCCGGGUGGCUUGUUUUGCAAGCCCCGGUUCUGAAGAAGUACCCAGCGCGGCUCUCAGUUACGUCAUGGACGUGCUUUUACGGUCUUAUUCAGUUUGUAAUUAUUGCUGCCAUUGUUGAGAGAGACGCUCAGGCCUGGAUUUUCCAUUCUGGUGGAGAAGUAUUCACCAUCUUCUACGCGGGAGUGGUGGCAUCAGGGAUUGCCUUCGCUGUACAGAUAUGGUGCAUUGACAGAGGUGGCCCUGUGUUCGUCGCUGUGUAUCAACCUGUUCAGACUCUAGUUGUCGCUAUCAUGGCCUCCAUUGCCUUAGGCGAGCAGUUCUACUUAGGAGGGAUCAUUGGGGCGGUACUGAUCAUAGUGGGACUAUACUUGGUGCUGUGGGGUAAAAGUGAAGAAAGGAAGUUUAUUGCACUUGAAAAGGCUGCGAUUCAGGCCAAUCCGGAGCACACCAGCAGCAGGACACCCGCCCACAUCAAGACCUCUCUCACUCAGCCACUUCUCCCAUCUUCAACCGAAAAUGUUUAAUCAUGAUCAAUAUCUUGACCUUCCUUUAACUACUGCAGCAAACUGUGCUUUGGCUUUUUAAAAUAGAAGCUCCCCUACGUACCCUAUAUCAGAAAGCUUUUGUGUGUCAUGUAUUGAGUUUUUAUUUUAUUUUAUUUUGUCUUCCCAAUAUGGCUUUCUUAUUAGUAGGUAAGGUUUGGAACGAGAAAAGGAAGAAAAAAAAUCUCAAGGGGAUGAAUAUGAUCAUUAGUGUCACUUCUGUGGACCACACAAGGCAUGAAAUCCCCAAUGCUUUGUAUGUUAAUUUAAGGUUUGAUUUACGAGAAAAUGAGAGAUUUCCCACAUUUUAAAUUGCC